AUGGCACAAAUUGUGCGGCAUGCCCUCCUAAAAUUCAUACUCUUUCGACAGGUUAUAUUUUGAUACGUGGAUCACACAGCUUCCUUUGCGGAAGUACUAACUUAUAGCGGUUAAAAAAAUGAAACUCGAGACCUUUCUCGUCAUCUUCCGAAGUGGCACGCUAAAACGACUUGAUUAGUCAUGCAUUCUACUCUUCGAAAAAGUCCGGAGACCAAAAAGCAAGAUCAUUUCUGCAAAACUGAACUAUGAACAAGACGUGUUUCCCUUUUGCAUGUUCACCUUUCCCUUCCUAUGCCUCCCUGUGCACCACCCUCGUUAAUAUUUUGCACUGAGGAAGAAUUUCAGACAGUUUCCUGACGAAAGCCUACCAGGAAAACAACCAUUCAAAAACAUGUGGUGUUAGGGGAAACAGAUCUGAUAUUAAACCUCAGACAUCACUGAACGCAUGUGCGACAUAUUGUUACAUCUCAGGCUUCACUGACAGGUACAACUGUGCGAUAUAUUGUUACAACAUUUUAAUUGAAACUCAACAGAACAGCGAAAGAGAACAGUGCCUCUCGUCAAGAGUCGUAAACACCACGCAUCACUCUUUGUCCUCGGUAAUCUACGGACAAGCCAGGCCAAUAGGUACCGUCACGCCGCAUAGAUUCAGCAGCGGCCUAAUGUCGCCUGGGAACUGAAUAUUGAGUCCGAGAAUAUUUGCUUUAACCGCCAGGCAAAGGCACGUGGCAAGGUUGUAGCUUGGAAUCGACUUGAUGAUACUGCAACAAAGUUGAUAGCCUAUUGGGAUCCCCAAGAGUUUCAGGACUGCGAGAACUGGAGCGCACACAGCUAGUAAUGUAACCUGAAUCAAACAGCUUGGUGGAGGUGGUGGUGGUGGAGGAGGCGGAGGAGGAGGAGGUGGAGGCGGAGGAGGUGGUGGUGGUGGAGGAGGCGGAGGAGGAGGAGGAGGUGGAGGCGGAGGAGGUGGUGGUGGUGGAGGAGGCGGAGGAGGAGGAGGAGGAGGCGGAGGAGGUGGUGGUGGUGGAGGAGGCGGAGGAGGAGGAGGAGGUGGGAGGCGGAGGAGGUGGUGGUGGUGGAGGAGGCGGAGGAGGAGAGGAGGAGGCGGAGGAGGGGUGGUGGUGAGGAGGCGGAGGAGGAGGAGGAGGUGGAGGCGGAGGAGGUGGUGGUGGUGGAGGAGGCGGAGGAGGAGGAGGAGGUGGAGGCGGAGGAGGUGGUGGUGGUGGAGGAGGCGGAGGAGGAGGAGGUGGAGGCGGAGGGGUGGUGGUGGUGGAGGAGGAGGAGGAGGUGGAGGCGGAGGAGGUGGUGGUGGUGGAGGAGGCGGAGGAGGAGGUGGAGGCGGAGGAGGUGGUGGUGGUGGUGGUGGAGGCGGAGGAGGAGGAGGUGGAGGCGGAGGAGGUGGUGGUGGUGGUGGUGGUGGAGGUGGAGGUGGUGGAGGCGGUGGUGGUGGUGGUGGAGGUGGUGGUGGUGGUGGAGGAGGAGGCGGAGGUGGAGGUGGUGGUGGAGGUGGUGGAGGAGGUGGAGGAGGUGGAGGAGGUGGAGGAGGAGGAGGCGGUGGUGGUGGAGGAGGUGGUGGUGGAGGUGGUGGAGGAGGUGGAGGAGGAGGAGGGGGUGGUGGUGGUGGAGGAGGUGGCGGAGGAGGUGGUGGUCGUGGUGGAGGAGGUGGAGGUGGUGGUGGAGGAGGUGGAGGUGGAGGUGGUGGUCUAGGUGGAGGCGGUGGUGGUGGUGGUGGUGGCGGAGGUGGUGGAGGCGGUGCUCGAGGUGGAGGUGGUGGUGGAGGAGGUGGAGGUGGAGGUGGUGGUCUAGGUGGAGGCGGUGGUGGUGGUGGUGGUGGCGGAGGUGGUGGAGGCGGUGCUCGAGGUGGAGGUCUAGGUGCGCCUUGGCCUGAAACUAAUGUGAAGAAGAGCAAAUUGAAAAUGAGCAGGAGUGCUCUAGAGGUACGAAAUUUUGAGGCCAUAAUGAGCCAGACACUUGAACCCCCUUGA